GCUGGUCCGGGCGCGCGGAGGGCGCGAGCAGCGCGCGAGGGCUGAGGGGGCGCGAGGCGGCGGCGCGGGGACUCCGGGCCCCCGCGGCGGCCCAUGGGGCGGGAGGCGUGAGGCCGCGGCCUGCCCGGGGCUCGGGGGGUGGGGGGAGCGGGGCAAGGAGAUGGAUAAACUGACCAUCAUCUCAGGAUGUCUCUUUCUGGCCGCCGAUAUCUUCGCCAUCGCCAGCAUCGCCAACCCGGACUGGAUCAACACCGGGGAGUCAGCGGGAGCACUCACUGUUGGCCUUGUGAGACAGUGUCAAACAAUCCAUGGACGAGACCGGACAUGCAUCCCUCCCCGGCUUCCCCCAGAAUGGGUCACCACACUGUUUUUUAUCAUCAUGGGAAUCAUUUCAUUGACUGUUACAUGUGGUUUGCUGGUGGCUUCCCACUGGCGAAGAGAAGCUACAAAAUAUGCUCGAUGGAUAGCAUUCACUGGAAUGAUCCUUUUCUGUAUGGCUGCCCUAAUAUUUCCAAUAGGAUUUUACAUCAAUGAAGUCGGAGGUCAACCUUAUAAAUUACCCAACAACACAGUAGUUGGGUCAUCAUAUGUACUUUUUGUCUUAUCAAUUUUCUUUACAAUAGUAGGACUUCUAUUUGCUGGCAAAGUUUGUUUACCAGGCUGACGAAUAUUUAAAUUGCUUGACUCUCUUAUUAUUUUUUAUUUUAUUUUAUUUUUUUAUUUUUGGAGGGUGAGGAGGAUAAAGGCAAGGUAUCUGAGCAGUCUUCUCAUAGGAAGAUGCUUAGAUGAAACUGAUGCUGAAAAGGAAAAAAAAAUUGCUUUGAUUUGUUCUCACUAUGCACUUUGGAUUU